UCCACCACCGGCGGCGGGCGGCCGACGCCGGCGCACCUCCGUCCGGCCGUCCCUUCUUCCCAUCUGGUGCCUCUGGUCCCGUCUCCCUUGACCUGCUCCUUGUGCGACUCGUCUCCUCCACUCCUCCCUCAAGAUCGCGAGGCGAGCGACGGCCGGCCAAGUUGCGAGUACAGGCGAGGCUGGUGACGCACGCACAUGCUAGGCUUGUAGGAGCAGCUGCCGGCGAUCAUCUGCAUCUACCCGACCAUCAAGUGCCAUAACUGUGCCGCUUAGUUUGGUGCACUACAAUGGAGAUUGACAGUCUAAGAGAGGCCUUUGAACGAGUUGUAGAAAAACGUACCCUAUCUUCUACCAAAGUUCAGGAAGCUAUUGAUCAGAUAGUGAAUGAAGUUAUGCAGGCAAUAUCGAAGAUACAGAUGAUGAAUACAGAUUCCAUGGACAGUUGUGACCAUUCACACAUCCUUGCAGAACUGAAGGCCAAGCUGAACGAAGUGGCGCCAUUGAACCAGCUUGAAGGGUGUCAAAAGGAAUUGAAUGUUGCUCUCAGCAAAUAUCUCAAGCUCCUUGAGAAGUCUUUUAAUCCAGAUAUAUCAAAGGCAUAUAGAAAUGUGGAUUUUGAGACUUCCACAAUAAACAACAUAAUAGCAAAUCAUUUCUACCGCCAGGGCCUCUUUGAUCUCGGAGACUCCUUUGUCCAUGAGUGUGGUGAGUCAGAUCAGUCUUACCUGAAAUCAUCGUUUCAAGAGAUGUAUGGAAUCCUUGAAGCGAUGCAAGCAAGAAACCUUGAGCCUGCACUCAGUUGGGCUGCCAAGAACCAUGAUCAGCUGUUGCAGAAUAGCUCAAUGCUUGAGCUGAAGCUCCAUUCUCUUCAGUUUGUUGAGAUACUUAUUAAUAAAGGAAGUAAAGCCGAGGCUUUACAAUAUGCAAGGACUCACCUGGGGCCCUUUGGCUUCAUGCACGAGGCGGAGAUCCCGAGGCUGAUGGCUUGCCUUAUAUGGGACCGGCUUGAUCAGUCCCCAUAUGCCGAGUUUGUGUCAUCGACGCAAUGGGAGAAGCUAUCUGAGGAGCUAAUCCAUCAGUUCUGCAGCAUCUUGGGACAGUCUAGCGACAGCCCACUUAAUGUAGCUAUAUCAGCUGGUUUUCAAGGACUGCCGACCUUGUUGAAGCUAACCAUGGUAAUGGCUGCCAAAAAGCAGGAGUGGCAGGCCAUGAAACAGCUUCCAGUCCCCAUAGACAUUGGACCAGAGUUCCAGUACCACUCUGUGUUUGUAUGCCCAGUGCUGAGAGAGCAGUCAAGUGACGAGAACCCUCCGAUGCUGAUGCCCUGUGGACACGCUGUAUCGAAGCAAUCAAUCAUGAAGCUGUCAAAGAGCAGCUCCAGAACUUUCAAGUGCCCUUACUGCCCCUCCGAGGCGGUAGCUUCGCAGUGCAAGCAGCUUCGUUUCUAGAUUGUUUCAUCUUUUUCCAGAUCAAAAUCUUUUAUACAAGUGGUUUCUUCAUGUUUUCUGUUCCACCCAUCCAAUAACUUUUUGCUGUAAUAUAAUCACCUGUAUCUUUAUUGAAUCCUGAAUGUUAAUCUGUACAGUAGCAAACCCAGUCUGUUGCUAAAAUAUCUACUGAACACGAAAAUCUAAUAUUGUUUACUGUUCUUCUCUGAA